CCCGUCUACCCGUUCUCCCCGCACCCCCACCCCGCAAAAGUUUUAACGACAGUUUGUCCUUGUAAAAUUUUGUGCUCAUUGGUAACUUGUUUAAUAACAAUGUAAAGACUAGAAGUUGUUUUUGUUAAUGUGUUCUCAAAUAUAGUUUAGUUAAAGCAAUAAACUGUGUUAAAAUCAUGUCUAGUGCAAGUAGUAGCAGCACACCACCAACGAUGGCAUCAAUUAACGAUGUCAGUGCGCUAUUCCAAACGGCUAAAAAAUAUGAGGAAUUGAACGUUAUAGGAACAGGAGCAUAUGGUACUGUAUAUAAGGCGAGAGAUUUACAUAAUGGAGGACAAAUAGUUGCUAUGAAGAAGGUAAAAGUGGCUCUGACAGAAGAUGGUAUCCCGCUGUCUACUCUUAGAGAAAUAGCUCUACUGCGGCAGCUGGAAGCUUAUAGACAUCCUAAUAUAGUCAGAUUGCUAGACGUCUGCCACGGCGGCCAGUCCCUCGAGCGGGAACACCAGCUGGUCCUCUUUUUGGUCUUCGAGCAUGUGGAACAAGAUUUGGAGUCGUAUUUGAAGAGAGCACCUGGUCCUUUGAGCGAGAAUAGAAUUAGAAACAUGUCCUACGAUAUCCUCUCCGGAGUGGAUUUCCUCCACUCCCACAGGAUAGUCCAUCGCGACCUGAAGCCACACAACCUGCUAGUGACCUCUACGGGACGAGUUAAGUUAGCUGACUUCGGCUUGGCUAAAACUUAUGAUACGGAGAUGAAGUUAACAAGUGUGGUGGUAACACUAUGGUACAGGCCACCGGAAGUGCUGUUAGGCGUAUCAUACAACACAGCUGUGGAUGUAUGGUCGUGUGGAUGUGUGCUCGCUCAGCUCCAUACGAGGACGCCACUGUUACCUGGCUCGUGUGAUUCUGAGCAAUUGCACUGCAUAUUUAGACUUAUAGGCAGACCGCCUCGUCACGAGUGGCCAGACAAUGUAUCUAUAGUCGCAGACAGUUUCCCAGACUACCCGCCGCAGGACCUGGCUGAUGUGUUGCCUAGGAUCCACCCGCAAGCACUAGAUCUUAUCAAGGGUAUGUUAGUAUUCGAUCCAGCGAAAAGGCUAACAGCAUUAGACUGCCUGGAACACCCGUAUUUCACGGACGAACCUCUCUCGUGAAAGUUGGCCCACGCCCCACUGUGGGACACGACGGUAUUGAUAUAGACAAAGUAACUUUAGCGAGAUUAUAGUGACAUGUAUUAGGAGCUUAAAAAAUUGUCAUUUUUUUUUUAAUUUCAUUUAUCUUUGGGAAACAAACAAUACAAUUAUUCUUAUACAUUAUAGACAUACAGAUUUUAAGAAAGAAAGACAGAAAGAACCAUUUAUUUGACUCCACAUAAUUACAAUUAAAACAAAAACAAUUAAAUUAAGACCACACAGUACAACAAUAAAAACGA